GCAGGCAGUGCAGCAGUGGAUAACAGUGCUCCACUGCUCUCUCUCUCUCUCCCUUUCUCUCAUACCACUCCACAUCCACAGCAAUGCUGCUCUGACCAGACAUCUUAAGAGAAAAACAAACAUAGUCAUACACUGGGGCCGCUCUUGCUACUCACUGCUCAUCGUCCAUCUCUGCACAGAAACACACUCUAAUUACAAAACACCCACUCCUCUUUGCCUUGCAUCUUGAGAGGAGAUCCGGAGUAGGAGGAGUAGGAGGAGUAGGAGGAGGGAUACAGCAGUAAUGGAACUGUGAGCAUCAUUUCAAAGCAUCUGCCCUGAGGAUUUGGAUCCAUCUGUAUCAACAGCCCCCUCAGCAUUGUCAACUUGGUGCUCGGCAGCAGCAGUGUGACGCCUCCCUGUGAGUUGUUGGUAAGGGAAUGCUCAGUGGCUGGAGAGCGGAAGAGGUGCGAAUACAAUGAGCAGCCUGGACAAAUGGGUUACGCUGACCCCAGCUGAAUUCGCCCUGCUACAGGAGUACACCCAGUACUCGAGUAAGAAGCUGAAGGAUGUGCUGCAGGAGUUCCAUGGAGAUGGUGUGUUGGCCAAAUACAAUCCAGAGGAGAAACAGGAAAUCCUUAGCCAGGAGAUUGACUAUGAGGGCUUUAAGGUCUUCAUGCAGACAUUCCUGGAGAGCGAACUCCCUGAGGAGUUCUGUCAACACCUCUUCAUGUCAUUCAGCAACAAGGGACCCAAACCCAGUCCAUCAUCGUCUGACAAACCCAGAGUCUCUGGCCUGAAGCUGAUAAAAGGCAACUCAACCCCACUGAAGACAUCUGCUUUGCCCCCGCCUCUGGAUACUGUGCAGCUGAAGGACAUUGUGUGUUACCUGUCGCUGCUAGAGGGGGGACGUCCUGAGGACAAGCUAGAAUUUAUGUUUCGCCUCUAUGACACAGAUGGAAAUGGAUCUUUGGACAGCUCGGAGCUGGAGCACAUUAUCUCCCAGAUGAUGCAUGUUGCAGAGUACCUGGAAUGGGACGUAACCGAACUGAAGCCAAUCCUCCAGGAAAUGAUGCAAGAGAUUGACUAUGAUCACAAUGGCACAGUGUCACUGGAGGAGUGGAUCCAGGGAGGCAUGACCACCAUCCCUCUGCUGGUUCUGCUGGGCCUGGAGACGAAUGUUAAAGAUGACGGACAACAUGUUUGGAGACUGAAACAUUUCAACAAGCCGGCGUACUGCAACCUGUGCUUAAACAUGCUGAUCGGACUGGGCAAGCAGGGCCUCUGCUGCUCAUUCUGCAAGUACACCGUCCAUGAGCGCUGUGUGGCUCGCGCCCCUCUGUCUUGCAUCAAAACAUAUGUCAAGUCCAAGAAAAACACAGAGGUAAUGCAUCAUUUCUGGGUUGAAGGGAACUGCCCCACCAAGUGUGACAAGUGUCACAAGACCAUUAAGUGUUACCAGGGCCUGACUGGGCUCCACUGUGUGUGGUGUCAAAUCACGCUCCAUAACAAGUGUGCUUCCCACGUAAAACCUGAGUGUGACUGCGGACCCCUGAAGGAUCACAUCCUGCCCCCCAACUCAAUCUGCCCUGUUGUACUGGAAAGGCAGUCGACAUUAAGGAAAGAUUCACGGUCCAGCCAGUCAAGCCGAGCAAAGAUGCAGCGGGCCAACUCUGUCACGGUGGACGGACAAGGACUGCAGAUCACAACAAUAGAGGGCACUCAUCCUCUGCUAGUGUUUGUCAAUCCAAAGAGCGGGGGGAAGCAGGGAGAGAGGAUUUACAGGAAGUUCCAAUACCUACUCAACCCAAGACAAGUGUACAACCUGGGCAAGAACGGACCCAUGCCGGGGUUGAACUUCUUCCGAGAUGUUCCUGAUUUCAGAGUGCUGGCCUGUGGAGGAGAUGGUACUGUUGGCUGGAUCCUGGAUUUCAUAGAUAAGGCCAACCUGGACAGGAACCCCCCUGUGUGUAUACUUCCUCUUGGCACCGGCAACGACCUGGCACGAUGUCUGCGAUGGGGAGGAGGGUAUGAAGGCGAGAGUCUCUUGAAGAUCCUGCGAGACAUUGAGAACAGUACGGAGGUGAUGCUGGAUCGCUGGAAAAUUGAUGUCACGCCCACAGAUAAGGAUGAGCGUGGGGACCCAGUGCCUUACAGUAUUAUUAACAACUACUUCUCCAUUGGAGUGGACGCCUCUAUUGCACAUCGCUUCCAUGUUAUGAGGGAGAAGCAUCCUGAGAAGUUUAACAGCAGAACAAAGAAUAAACUGUGGUACUUUGAGUUUGGCACUUCAGAGACAUUUUCGGCCACGUGUAAGAAGCUCCAUGACUUUCUGGAGGUUGAGUGUGAUGGUGUUACUCUGGACCUCAGCAGCAUCUCUUUGGAAGGCAUUGCCAUUCUUAACAUUCCCAGCAUGCAUGGUGGUUCAAACCUGUGGGGAGAGAGCAAGAAGAGGAGGGGGAACCGCAAAGCAGGGAAAAAGAGCCAAGACAAGAGGACACUAGUGGUUGACCCCAAAGAGCUCAUGUUUGCAGUUCAAGAUCUGUCUGACCAGCUACUGGAGGUGGUGGGUCUGGAAGGGGCCAUGGAAAUGGGGCAGAUCUACACGGGUCUGAAGAGCGCUGGACGACGCCUGGCACAGUGCUCCUCCGUCACCAUCAGAACCAGCAAGUCCCUUCCCAUGCAGAUUGACGGUGAACCUUGGAUGCAGACUCCCUGCACUAUUGAGAUCAUCCACAAGAACCAGGCCCCCAUGCUGAUGGGACCAGGUCAAGGUCGCAGCUUCUUCUCCUCCAUCAUCAGGCGAACGCGCAGUGAGAGCAAAGACUGAUAGAUAAAGGGCGACAAGACUGUGUUCAAAGUUCUGCAGAACAGCGGUCAUGAGUUGGACAACCACCACCAAUGAAGGGGGUCUUUGACAGUCAGAUAGCCCAGCAUACAGUAGCAAACUGAAGGUUCAGAGUGUGUGUGGCCUGCAGCAUGUGGAUUCCACAGAAAGGAGCUGAUUUGACAUUGAGCAAGGCGUGCAUAGAGCGAAGCUUUGAUCUACAGUGUGUUGUGUAGUUUAGCUGCAAAAAUAGUGAAGCUAUUUCUGGAGGUCCACUUCUACAAAUGACCGUUUUCUAAAAGUCUGUUUCUAUUUUGGCUGUUGUGAUUCGUGCCAUGUGGAAUAAAUCCACAUAUGAAUGUGUUUUUUGUGAUACAAUUUUAUUUAUUUAUUUCUAUUUUGCUGCUAUUGAUGUUUGUUUUCUUUUUGUUCUUUUUUUUUUUUUUUUUUUACAGUUUUCUGGGGGGGGGGGGGUUUGGAUUUGCAUUUGCAUAGCCCUGAUGCAUGAUGGACAGUCGGAGAGGAUCUGACAUAUCUGGAGUUUGCAACUGAUCAGCCCCAAAUGUGUUUAAGAUGUGUUCCUUUUGCUUCAGCACAUAACUCAUGAAUAUGUUGAAGUAAUUAAAAGACUCAAUGUUUUUUUAAUGUUGUUUUAAUGUUGUUGUUGUUGUUGGUGGUGGUGUUGUUGUUUUGCUCCUGCAAGUCAUCCUUGUCAGAUUUCAACUGCUGUGUUGCUGCUCUGUCAGUGGAAAGAUAAGAAGAAACUACAAAACAUUCCUUAAAAAAAAAAAAAAAAAAAAAAAUUACAAUAAUAAAAAUGCAUGACAUUGCUUGUUUUACAUUGCACAAAAGGCUUCCAGACAGUAUGCAUACUUUAAGUUGCAUGAGUGAUCCAAAUCUGUUUAGACACUUCUGGAAAUUGAACUUUACAAAAAACUUUCUGCCUGUAAUCUGCCUACAGAGGUGCUCAGCUAAAUCAUAUCAUACUUUAUUUAUGAGAAGGACAUGCUUUUUAGUGUGUUCUGUGAUUUUUUCUGAAAGGUACUAAAAAAGAGAACUGAAAUAUUGAGUUUGUCAUUGACUUACAGUGAGUUACAAAUACAGUAAGAUUGACUUUUGGCAUUUUGACCUCCUAUACGGUCAUUGAUUUGUUCAGAUGUAUGCUGCUUAAUGUUUACAUUCCACUGUGUAUACAAUCAGACAUUAAGCAAUUGAGUCUUGACACAAAAGAGUAUUGGCAUGUAAAGUACAAGCUUGAUUUAAAGAAUCAACAUUAAAAAUCAGUGGUACCCAAAAAGAGCAGUUUCUAAAAGCAUUUUGCAGCUUUCACACAGCAUACCUUUUGAAAAGUUGACUUAUUUUUAUUCCUUAAAGCCUCUGGAAAUUUUACUGGGAACAGCAAAACUUAGUAGGACUGUGUGAUAUCAGAGUUGAAUUUCUGAGUGAAAAUAAACAUGCAUGAUUAUCUUAAAACCUAGUCCAAAAACAGCUUUUUCAACUGUUUAGACCAUUGUGACCUGCAAUGAAAUUAGCCACCCUGAAAUCUGAUUUCUUCUGCACACAUAUGAAAAUGCUCCUUCAUGUAUUGUGUAUUAUUUCUACAGUAUUUCUACACAAGUCAUGGAAGCUUUUGAGAUGUCUACAAAAUUGAAAUGGUUUAGAUAUGAAAUGUAAGAUUCAAAUUUUUAUCAAUUACAAUCCUUUUUUCAGUCAACAUUCAGUCAGCUGGUUUUGGUAAAGUUAAUGUAGGUAAAAGUUGUUAAAGCUGUUUUGACAAUCUUAAAAAUAAUCUUGGUUUUUGAGACUUUAAAGAAAUCGCACAAGCAUAUUCCAUUACUCUCAUCUCACCAACAAUUGAUAAUUUUUUUUCCAAAAUGAUUUUUUUCUAGUCUACACUCCUGCAUGGUUUCUGAGAAUAAAUCUACACUUGACUGUUUCAGUCUUUAAAAGUGCCAAAUGCCUGUGGAGACUGAUGCGUGAUCUCUUUGCUCUGUAGCAAUGCAGCGUUUGUACAGUGAGGUUGUAUUUUUGUACACAGUACUAUUUUUUCUGUUUAUUGCUUCUCUCUCAAAAUCACACAGAUAUGUCAUUCUGCCUAAAAGAUAGUAUGCCUGCCAAGUGUUGCCUGAGAACAAUGUUAAAGGAAACCAUUAAUAAAAUCAUUCGUUGUUUG